UAUGCAAAGCAGAUUUUAUGCCUUCCCGGAGCAGCUGCUGGCUCAGGGAUGGGGGACCAGCACUAUGCUGGCUCUGCCCCAUUUAUUCUGCAUCUAUAGGGAAGGUGGGAGGCAGCAGUGCAGGUAGGGCAGGGGCUGUUUCUUUCCAAAAUAAGCCCCAAAUUCCCAUACUGUGUGACCAAACAGUGGGGGAAGGACCCACACAGUGCAGGCAUUGGUUUUAUGGCUCCUGUUCACUUGCUGUUUCUGUCUCCCCAGCACUGCUGAGAGAGGAGGUGGCCCAGCUGCAGGAGGAGGUGCACCUGCUCCGGCAAAUGAAGGAGAUGCUAACGAAGGAGCUGGAGGAGACACAUGGCAGCAAAUCCCCCGAGGUGCUGUCGGCCACUGAGCUCAAGGUGCAGCUGGCACAGAAGGAGCAGGAGCUGGCACGGGCCAAGGAGGCUCUGCAGGCCAUGAAAGCCGACCGCAAGCGCUUGAAGGCGGAGAAAACAGACCUGGUGAGCCAAAUGCAGCAGCUCUACGCCACGCUGGAGAGCCGCGAGGAGCAGCUCCGCGACUUCAUCCGCAACUACGAGCAGCACCGGAAGGAGAGUGAGGAUGCAGUGAAAGCCCUGGCCAAGGAGAAGGACCUGCUGGAACGGGAGAAAUGGGAGCUGCGGCGGCAAGCCAAGGAAGCCACCGACCACGCCAGCGCCCUGCGCUCCCAGCUUGACCUCAAAGACAACAGAAUGAAGGAGCUGGAGGCCGAGCUGGCCAUGGCCAAGCAAUCCCUGGCCACGCUGACCAAGGACGUCCCCAAGCGCCAUUCCUUGGCCAUGCCAGGUGAGACGGUGCUGAAUGGCAACCAGGAGUGGGUGCUGCAAGCUGACCUACCACUCACUGCUGCCAUCCGACAGAGCCAGCAGACCCUGUACCACUCCCACCCCGCACACUCGGCUGACCGGCAAGCAGUCCGGGUGAGCCCCUGCCACUCCAGGCAGCCGUCCAUCAUCUCCGACGCGUCAGCAGCAGAAGGCGACCGAUCGUCCACGCCGAGCGACAUCAACUCGCCGCGACACCGGACGCAUUCGCUCUGCAACGGGGACAGCCCCGGACCGGUACAGAAGAACUUGCACAACCCCAUCGUACAGUCUCUGGAAGACCUCGAGGACCAAAAACGGAAAAAGAAGAAGGAGAAGAUGGGCUUUGGUUCCAUCUCACGGGUGUUCGCCCGGGGCAAGCAGCGCAAAUCCCUCGACCCAGGGCUGUUUGAUGGCACGGCCCCCGACUACUACAUCGAGGAGGACGCGGACUGGUGACCCCUCGCCCCCAACAAUGUACAGCCCCCAUGUGUGCACACCCAGUCACGGUGUAAUUUUGUCCCAACCCUUCCCCCCUUGUAUUUCAAUUUUAUUUUUUUAAGCAUUCCAGUAAUUCUUCCUUUUGUCGUCACUUCUUUUUUUUU